CCCGCCUUUCUGUGGUGUAGGGUUAGUCCAGAUCUUUCUCCCUUUCGGCGAAAGAGUGGGUUUACUUUCUAAUUUGUUUCAUUGACCAAUCCCCUCGUUGAUAAAGCCAAGCAUGAUAUCACACAUGUGGUGGAGAGAGCGCGUGUCUAGAAAGUGAAAGUAAAAUUUCCUUUAGGAGAAUGGCAAACGCAGGGUCGGAGCAGACGAAGAAAGGCAUCACCACAGCACGUGUGAGUCUUGAUGGUGCCAGAAUGACAUCAUGGAACCAUGUGAUCCGGCUGUUUCUCUUCGUGUUCCUGAUUAUGAUCGACCUGUCAAAAGAGGGCUGUUUCGACUAUUUCACCGUGGAGGAUUGGGGACAAAAUCUGAGUAAGACUUUCCACCUAGUAAAAACUACGAAUUAUAAGGACAGACUAGAAUGUACUUUAAAGACAAUGUGCAACCAGCGGGAUAAAAUAUCAUGUGACUUGCUAACCUGCUUUGACAACAAGACCAUAGACUGUCAUGGGGAAACUAAGAAUAUGUCCUUCUAUAACUUCAUGUGCUUGUUGGCUAAGGAUCUCAACCACCCAGUUAUAGGCUGUGAAUUAGACGAAGUAUGCACUGCAAAUGAAAAAUCAGAAACAACAACAGUGCUGCCAACAACAACAACAGUAUUGCCACCAACAACUACAACUACAACAACAACAGUAUUGCCACCAACAACUACAACUACAACAACAACAUUAUUGCCACCAACAACUACAACAUCAACAACAACAGUAUUGCCACCAACAACUACAACAACAUCAACAACAACAGUAUUGCCACCACCAACUUCAACAACAACAACAACAGUAUUGCCACCACCAACUUCAACAACAACAACAAAAGUAUUGCCACCGACAACUACAACUACAACAACAACAGUAUUGCCACCAACAACUACAACAACAACAGUAUUGCCACCAGCGACUACAACAACAAUAGCAUCAUUGGCACUACCAUCAGCAGUCAAUUGCACAGAUUGCCAAAAAACUGGUAAGCUAGCAGAAACCUUAAUCCUGGAAGUGUUUUUAUUGAUAUCUGUGAGCUGCAAUAUGGUCCUGCUACUGGUUGUUUACCGAUGCAUGCGCCACCAGUCACAGCGAGACAGGAAUCGGCGGAUGAUGAAUUCAACCUAUGAGUCGAAGGAAAACUUGCCAGGAGACGAGGAGUUUAAGAGACACGGAUCACUGGAAUCUGUAAAGGUGGAGACCAAAUGUUUAAUGACAGUAAAUCCCCCUGAGUGUCACUCCGUCCUCAAACAUUCAGCUUCUGCUGCCGCUGAAGAGGAAUCGCAGCUUUAAGGGCCCUGCCCACAACAUUUCCUCUGUACAUUUUUAAUGCAGUGCAUCUAUGAAAUGUAACAGUGCAGCUGGACCAUUAGCUCUAUCAGCCCUAUUAGACAGUGUGUUUUUGUUGUGCUUUAGUUGGAUAGACAGGUCACUAGAUUGGCGUCACAACUACAGCAAAGUUGGCAGCGCUCUCACAGCAGUGUACGGAUGUUUGUUGACAGCAACACCAGCCGGGGAACCUAAUACUUUGAUGCUUGAAAAAAAAUAUAUGGGCAUUUCAAACUAGAACAGCCAAAACCUGACUAGCCCAUUGGAGUUUGUUUUUUCCUAGCACAUUUACAAAAGUGGGUUAGAAAUGUUGCCAGGUUUAGUUUUGCAGCAGAUGAAGUUCUCUUGGCAUCAGAUCACACAGCACUGGAAUAUUUUGGUAGGUCAGUAUUUUUUGUUAAAGUUGAAAUGCUAGCCAUGUUCUAAAGAAAUAAUAUUUUAAUUACAUCUUUGGUUAAGCUGCCCAGAGUUUUGGAAUACUUAUGAGCCUUAGUGAGUUAGCUAAAAUGUAAUGUGAAAACCAAACAAAUCCAAACAAAGGUAUCUUGACCACAUUUUUCAUAAGCUUUGAAAACAUACUGUAGUUGAUGUGAAUAGACAUUUAAAACAUAGUUAUUUGACAAGUUCUGCCUCAGACAAGCCUCAUAAAUAUGAUGUGUUUAAAUAAUGUAUAAAGCUAAUUAAUAUUCACUCACAUGAUAUGUUCAGAAGAUUGUGUUGUCCGGUGACUUUCCUGCGCAGAAACUCGAGUGAAGAUAAUUGUCUGCUAGGGGAGACAGAAACUACGCACUAUAGCUUUAUUGUACUUGUACAUACAUAUUAGUGUUGAAUAAUUUUGUACAGACUGAAGUAUCUGAAAGUGGAGGAGGCAUUGCUGCCCUUGAAUCAGCAAAGAUCUGGUUGGUUUAGAUGAAUCUCAGUGGCUGGAGCCUCUCGGUUAAAUUCUGCUGUAUACAGGCCUGCAUAAAAUGUAAGGAUGAGCGAGUACAGCAUUAUCUGUAU